AUGUCUGUAGCACAAGAAUUCGAAGCUGCAAAUGCAAACUAUGUCUCGACCUUUGACAAGGGAGCGUUGCCGCUUCCACCUGCUCGCAAAGUUGCAGUCGUAGCCUGCAUGGAUGCUCGUAUCGAUGUCUUUCGAGCGCUGGGCCUUCAAGAAGGUGAUGCCCACGUCAUCCGCAACGCAGGCGGGCGUGUCAGCGAUGCUCUUCGCAGCGUAAUCAUCUCUCAGCAACUACUUGACACGCGAGAAAUCGUGGUUAUCCAUCACACCGACUGCGGAAUGCUAACUUUCACCGACGACCACCUCCGAAGUAAAGUCAGAGACGACCUAAAACAAAACGUCGAUCAUAUCGCAUUCCUGUCGUUCAAAGACUUGAAGCAGAGCGUUAUUGAUGAUGUUCAGGCGUUAAGGAAUAGUCCUUUGGUGCUUGAAGUGCCCGUUACAGGGUAUGUGUAUGAGGUUGAGACGGGGAAGAUUGUCAAGGUUGAUGUAUGA